CUCUCGUUCAUUCAACACCCUCCAAUAUCCCCCUUGAUAUUUUACAUAUAAUACCAUGAUGUUCAAAAUUGCAAUUCUUUUGGUUUUGAUGGGUUCGACGUCUUCCGCUUUUGCCCGCAUCAAUCUCCACGAUGGGCCGCUCUUCUCCGGGGCGACGUCCUUCACCUUGGAGCUGGAGACCCGGACUUUGACCAAGCCAACGCCCUGUUUCGUCACUUCCGGCGACGUCUCCCAGUGCAGACGCAAGCGCGGAAUCGAAGAGAAUCCCAAAAUCGUGAGCCAUCAUUCGGACUUGGCGCCAUCAGCUGUUGUCGGGAUUGAGGCUACUCCGGUCCCUCGCGUUUCUCGUAUGGGUUUGGGAUCGUCUCAUCGAUACAAUUCCAAUCUAAGAGUUUUCAGCUCGUUUGAUGACGCAUCAUACUAUGGAAACAAUUACCGACAACCGGUGGUGACUAGAGGCCGGAAUAACGUCAUCUCGGUCGGCGAUUGCGGCAUGUCUACGGUUAAUUUUAGCGAGUUUCUCUCCUGUCUGGGCUUGGACGUCCAGCAAACGACCACACUGACGGCCACUUUUACCGAAACUUCGAUCCUGUCCACCGGCUAUACCACCAUGACCGUGUUGGGCUGCACUCCGGCCGGAUUCCCUUAUCCAUCUUGCUCUGAAGAAGAGGUGUCAAAUGAAGGAGGAGAGGAAUUGAAUGACUCGACUACCGAGUUUAAUAAUAAUGAUUUUAGUACUUCUGUUUAGACCUCUUCUAUAAUUAUUCUCAGAUAUUGAGAAGAAACUCCUUCAAGCCAUAACGCGAUAUCAUAUUGAAUUUUGACAGACAUAGUCUUAAACACGAUAUGCACUGGUUCGUGUUUUCCAGUUACAUAAUUAAAUUAUUCAAUUUUCAAUUACUAAGUCUAUAUAAGUCGUGCUGAAAAUUUUCGUUUAUAACGUACUGAAUUUUCACGAGUAAUAUUCUGUUCCUAUAUAUAAUACGUUCCUAUAUUUUAUAUUUGUAUGUUCACGAGCAAUAAAAAAGUUUCU